CUUCUUUAAUUUUGUGCCUAAUGAUAUCCGUUUAAUUUUAGCCAACUAGUAUUUAUGUAAUAUUAAUUUCUGGAACAGCACAGAUCAUGGGCAUCGGCUGGAACGAUAUCCCGAAAGAAUAUAAACCUAGUUGGAGGACAUGGAAAGUGGAAGGCACAAGUUACGAACCUAUACAAAAGAGAUUGGCAAAGAUUGGUCUCAAGGAUCCUUGGCUUAGGAAUGAGGUUUGGGCAGAAUAUGCUAUCAGAAGUAGACCACCAGUUACAUUAUAUACUUUGGCAAAGCGAGGAUGGCUGAGUGGACUCAUAGUGGCCGGUGUCAUUAUAUUCAUGGAAACGAAACUAGUUGAUUAAAAAUUCAAAUCUUUAUUUUUAUUGUGCGAUUUCUCUGAUUCCUAAAAAAUAAAAUGUUCCAGAAUAA